UGAAACUACUACUACUACUACCACUACAACUGCUACUCACCACCACCGCCACCACCACCACUACCACCACCACUGCUACACCAUCUGACUGCCCCGCCACCACCACCACCACCACCACUGCUACUCGUGACCACAUCAAAACGGGAGUCACGGAGUUAGGAAUGCAGUUAUUAAGGGAGUUAGGAACAUUGCGAAAUACAUUAAUAUCCCCUUAUAGCUUGUGGGGAGCGGUGUUGUUGGUGGUGUUAGGAGCGGAAGGCAAGACAGAGAGAGAGAUUCUGGAGGUGUUAGGAACGGAAGGAAAGGAAGGACUGUUAACAACGUGGCGGGAAGUGGAGAAAAGCUUACAGACAGACGCCGGAGACCAUUCCCAAGUGUCUCUUAAUCUGGCAAACCGUAUUUAUGUGAACCACGGAUACGAAAUAAAGAAAUGCAGGGAGGAACUGGCUGCGAUUUUGUUCGACGUACCGCUGGACCAGCCUUUAGAAGCAGCGACGAUCAUUAACACCUACAUCAACACCACAACUAACGCCAAGAUACCGAACAUUGUCGCUCCGAGUCAUCUACUAGGGGCUCAAAUGGUACUGGUCAACGCGGUGUAUAUGAAAGCACAGUGGGAACAUCGCUUCACCCACAGUUUGACUUUCAAUGGCUCGUUUUUCCCGUCACCUGAAGCCGAUCCUGUAGAAGUCACUAUGAUGAAAGCUGUCGAUCGCAAUUUGAUGCUGGGAACAUCUGAGACACUGCAAGCCCAGAUAAUCCAGCUUCCUUACACUGGCAACCUCCUUAAAAUGACCCUUAUCCUUCCCACCGUGAAAGGAGAGGCAGGAUUUAACGCCACACUCAACGCACUCAAUUCCACCUCCUUCUGGGACGCACUCAACGCACUCACACUCGAAACGGUGGACCUUGAUAUGCCUAAGUUUGAAAUACAGGCAAAGUUUGGGGACGAUUUGAAGUUGGCGCUUGAGAGGCUGGGGAUGAGGGAAGCCUUCACUAACGCCGCCAACUUGUCUACUUUCGGGCCUGACCUCUUCGUUAAGCACCUCCUACAUCGAACCUUCCUUAGCGUAGAUGAAGAGGGUUCUGAGGCUGCCGCUGUGACCUCUGCUGUUAUUACCACUAAAAUCAGCAGUUUUAUUAAAGUUAAUAGGCCUUUUUUGUUUGCCAUUCAUAGCCAAGAGGUUGUUCUCUUCCUAGGUGCUUAUAAAAGGCCUUAGUUUGGUGUUUUAAUGUGUUUUUUUGGUGUUUUUAUUAAAUGUUUUGGGUUUUUUCAAGUUCGUGUUGUGGUUUUUUGCUUCGUAACGGGGUGACAUUUCAGUGCUCUGUUUUAUUUGUUUUAUUUAAUUGUUUGAGUUUUUCAAGUUUUUUUUCUGUGUUUUUUUGUUGUUGUUUAUUUAUGUGUUUUGUUUUUGUUUGUUUUUAUUCGUUUUUUCGUGUUUUUUACAAUAUUCUGUUAAUUUAUCUGGCUUGGUGAGUGUUUGACAGCUUCGCAACGGGGUGACAUUUCACUGACAUAUAUUUAUUUUGCUAAUUUCUCUUUUUCUGGCUAUUGUGGUUUGUUUUUCUUGUUAUUUAUUUACAUAUUUGCAUUUUAUAACGUUAUUUUCUUAAUUCUUCCUUCAAUAUCAUAAAACAU